AUGGUGCUUUACGGUUACGAUGCCUCUGUAUACAAUUCCGUCCAAGGUUCCGACAACUGGGUCGCAUACUUUGACGAUCCGGACGCAAACCUGAUCGGCGCCGUCAACACUGCCUAUACUGUGGGUGCCAUUUUUGGAGGAUUCUUUCUGGGCGGUCCAUGUGCCGACUAUCUGGGUCGUAAAAUGGGCAUGGGCAUCGGCUGCGUUCUCGUCAUCGCAUCUACAUUCAUGCAGACCUGGGCUCCUCGGCACAACCUCGGGUGUUUCAUUGCUGGACGUACCAUUAUCGGUGUUGGCCAGGGUAUCGCAUUGACGUCUGGUCCGAUUUAUAUCGGCGAACUUGCCCCUCCGGAGAUUCGUGGGAAGAUCAUGACGUUCUGGCAAAUGUUCUACUCAGUGGGUUCUUUCAUCUGCUUCUGGGUGAACUAUGGAUGCACCAACCACAAGGAAAACCUCGGUGAAUGGGAUUGGAAAAUGGUCGUGAUCUUUCAGCUUCUUGUUCCAAGCUUAAUUCUUGUUUUGCUGCCGACUAUUCCCGGAAGCCCACGAUGGUACAUUCAGCGUGGCAACAAUAUCGAGAAGGCUCGUGCAGCGCUUGCAAGGGUUCGAGAAACCGACCAAGAGGUGGAGGAUGAACUUUUGCGAAUCCGUGAAGCUCUUGAGUAUGAGAAGGAAGCCAUCUCUAGCAACUACUCUGCUCUCUGGAAGGAUAAGUCUCUGCGCAAGCGUAUGGUACUAGCCUUGAUUAUCAAUGCUGGCCAGCAGGUCACCGGCCAGGGAAGUCUGAACUCUUACUCGACCAAGAUCUACCAGAAGGUCUUCCCUAGCUCAAGCCAGAUUGCUCUCAUCAACGCCCUCAACGCGACUUUCGGAAUCCUCUUUACCCUCAAUGCUGUGUGGAUUAUCGACCGGUUUGGACGCAAAUUCUUGCUGAUUGUCGGAGGCAUCGGUAUGGGCAUUUGCAUGAUCAUCGUGUCUGCCGUCGAAACCGAGACACCAUCGCCCAACGAUACAAAGAGCACGCCCGUUGGCAUAUCGAUCGUGUUUCUACUCUUCUUGUUCAUAUUCUUCUACAAACCCUCUUGGGGUGCAACAGUAUGGAUCUGGACAUCCGAGAUCUUCUCCAUGAACGUCCGAGCCCAGGCUGUCGGUAUGGCCUCUCAAACCCAGAAUGUCGCAAACGCCAUCUUCCAGCAGUUCUUCCCUAUCUUCCUGGACAACUGCGGAUUCUACGCAUUUUACAUGUUUGCGGGCAUCAACUUCCUGCUUGCGGUGUUCGUCUUCUUUUUUAUACCCGAGACCAAGCAGGUGCCUCUGGAAGAGAUUGAUGCUCUGUUUGGUGGAGCCAACCACGUCACCCGUGGUGAAGAGCUCAUUGGGUCUGAAAAGCAGGAGGUGACUACUACCCACAAGGAGUAAAGCGUGCCGCAAGUAAUGUUGAGGAUGGAGGUGCCACGAUUAUGUAUAUCAAAUAAUAGUACGAAUAUU